AGAAGCUGCAUUGCAGAGCCAAAUACAGCACAGCAGAAUACACAGUCUCACUCACUCACACACACAAACACACAAUAAACCAGGAAAACAAGACCUGGCUGAUCUCUGAUGAAGGUGAGAGGAUCAGAAGGACCAGACAUCAAAGGGGCACUCUGAGGCUGCUCUUUGUGAACAGACGGGAUGCUCAGCGUCAUCUGAGGAAGGAGGGGCUGCGGGCUGAUCUGCCUUUCCUCAUGCCUGCCAACCAAAUCACGUGAGAUCUUCCACGUCCUGUAACCAUGGCAAUGAGCUCUGGACCAGUCUGCAUCUCAUGGGUCUAGGAAAGAAAGAAUAGGAAACAGAGAAAGGAUACGAGGGAGAAGAGGAGGAAGCUCGGAACAGACAGACGUUGUGAUCUGUAGUAGCUGUCAGGGAUGAAGAUGUCUGAAGUGGGGAGUUGAACCAGACUCCGACUAAGCAGGUCUGGGGAAGUCUCAUAGUCCACUGUGUGGGGUGAGGGACCAUGGGAGAUGGAGGAGUUGGUGCAGCGAGAGAGGGGGUCAAUCAGUCACACGUUCUCUUUGACCGCUUCGUUCAGGCCACCACCUGUAAGGGGACCCUUAAAGCCUUUCAGGAAUUAUGCGACUUCCUUGAACUCAGGCCCAGUGAGUAUCGAGUCUUCUACCACAAGCUCAAGUCCAAGCUCAACUACUGGAAGGCGAAAGCACUCUGGGCCAAGCUAGACAAACGUGCCAGCCACAAGGAGUACAAGAAAGGCAGAGCUUGUGUUAACUCUAAGUGUCUGAUCAUCGGAGCAGGACCAUGUGGCCUGCGCACGGCUAUAGAACUUGCCUUUCUGGGAGCCAAGGUGGUCCUGUUGGAGAAGAGAGACGCGUUCUCCCGCAACAAUGUCCUCCACCUGUGGCCUUUCACCAUUCAGGAUCUGCGGGGCCUCGGCGCAAAAAAGUUCCAUGGAAAAUUCUGUGCCGGCUCCAUAGACCAUAUCAGUAUUCGUCAGCUGCAGUUGAUGCUGCUGAAAAUGGCUCUGCUCUUGGGUAUCGAGAUCCAUGUCAAUGUGGAGUUUAAAGGCCUCAUCGAGCCACCACAAGAUCAAGAGAAUGAGAGGAUAGGCUGGAGAGCUGAAGUCCAUCCUAAAACACACCCUGUUAGUGAGCUGGAGUUUGAUGUCAUCAUCGGGGCAGAUGGGAGGAGAAACACAUUGUCAGGAUUCAGAAGGAAAGAGUUCAGGGGCAAGCUGGCCAUCGCCAUCACGGCCAACUUUAUUAACCGCAACACUACAGCCGAGGCCAAAGUGGAGGAAAUCAGCGGGGUGGCCUUCAUCUUCAACCAGAAGUUCUUUCAGGAUCUAAGGGAAGCCACUGGGAUUGAUCUGGAAAACAUUGUCUACUAUAAAGAUGACACGCACUACUUUGUGAUGACUGCCAAGAAGCAGAGUCUGUUGGAGAAGGGUGUCAUUUUGCACGAUUAUGUGGACACAGAGAUGCUUCUAUCCAGGUCUAACGUGGACCAAGCUGCUUUGCUGUCCUAUGCCAGAGAGGCAGCUGACUUCUCCACCAAUCACCAGCUGCCCAAGCUGGACUUCGCAAUCAACCAUUACGGGCAGCCUGAUGUGGCCAUGUUUGACUUCACGUGCAUGUACGCCUCGGAAAAUGCAGCGUUGGUGCGCCAACGCAACGGCCACCAGCUGCUUGUAGCUCUGGUUGGAGACAGCCUUCUGGAGCCAUUCUGGCCAAUGGGGACGGGCAUUGCACGAGGCUUUCUGGCAGCCAUGGACUCUGCAUGGAUGGUGAGAAGCUGGGCACAGGGCGCGACUCCUCUUGAGGUGUUGGCUGAGAGGGAGAGCAUAUAUCGUCUGCUCCCACAAACCACUCCAGAGAACGUGAGUAAGAACUACAGUCAGUACACGUUGGAUCCCACAACACGUUACCCCAACAUCAGUCUGCACCUUCUCCGGCCCAAUCAGGUACGGCAUCUCAUAGACACUGGGGAGACCAGGGAAAUCCGCAUCGACAUGGAGAACGUGGUCAACUCUUCGACUCCCAAACUGAUGAGGAAUGAGUCUGUAGCGCGUUCCAGCAAGCUGCUAAACUGGUGUCAGAGGCAGACGGAUGGCUAUAGAGGGGUAAUCGUGUCUGAUCUCACUAUGUCAUGGAAGAGUGGCUUGGCUUUGUGUGCCCUUAUCCAUCGCUACAGGCCAGACCUCAUUGAUUUUGACUCGCUGGACGAGAAGGAUGUAGAGAAGAAUAACCAGUUGGCUUUUGACGUUGCCGAGAAGGAGUUCGGGAUUUCGCCCAUUAUGACUGGGAAGGAGAUGUCUGUUGUAGUGGAGCCUGACAAGCUCUCAAUGGUCAUGUACCUUAGCCAGUUCUACGAGAUGUUCAAGGACACAGUACCCCCUGGUGAAAACCACAACCUGAGUCCAGAGGAAAAGGCUGCACUGAUCGCCAGCACCAAGUCUCCCAUCUCCUUCCUCAGCAAACUGGGUCAAAGCAUCAACAUCUCGAGGAAACGGAACCCCAAGCAGGAUAAGAAGGAGAAGGAGCUCGACGGAUUGGGGAAGAGGAGAAAGACGAGUCAGGCCGGCCAGUCUGAAGAUGAGGAACCUCAGCGGCCGUUGCGUGACGACCGACCUUUGGUAGCUGCGGCUCUAACGGAGCGUAGGGUCGACACCACUGUCGCUUCUAACAACAACAAGGUGAAGUCCAUGGCCACGCAGCUGCUAGCCAAGUUUGAGGAGAAUGCACCGGUACAGUCUACUGGACUCAAAAGACAGAUUGACUCUAUGCCUGAUCUGGGGCUUGUGCUAUCCCCCUCCCUGCCAGCCAUCACUCUGAAAGAGCCAGUGCCCUUGGCACCACUCCCUGCAUGGAGAAAGGCUAGCAGAAGCAGCGAUGGCCUGCGGAGCUGCCCUAAGAAAACCAUUCUGCUCUAUCCUCCUCCUCCAUCAUCUUCCUCUCCAUCGCUCUCUCCACACACACAGAAGAAUGUUCACAAACUGGUGAUCCAUGAAAGUGACAGUGAUGACGAUGACACCCAGGAUCAUCUGGCAUUCUCUUACAGGGAAAGUGAGCUCAGAUGUGUGGAGCCCGCCCAUGUCACUAACGUUCAGGAAAGAGCUGAGAUGCUAGCCGCUAAGUUGACAGGGCAGUCUGACAAGCCUGACAAACCCCAGCCGAUGAAAAAGCCGUCACGCUUCUUUCUUCAGCAGUGGCUUUUGAGCCGUGGGUUACAGCCGUCCUGCUCCCCUGACCCUCAGCAGGAGGAGGCACAGAGUUUGCCAUUGCGCUCUGAUGAUCAAGUGCCUAUACACAUCCCUAGCAUCCAGGAGCGAGCCGAGAGGUUAUCCUCUCUGUUCAAAGAAAAGCCUGCUAGACCCAAGCUUAAGAAAAAGCCCUCGCGCUUUCUUAUUGAGCAGUGGCACAGAAAGCAGGAGAUGUCCGCUGAUCCUCGGCUCACCUCACACUCCUUGAACCGACAGCGUUAUGUAAAGAUGUAUACAGGUGGCGUGAGUUUGUUGGCUGAGCAAAUAGCCAAUCAGCUUCAGCCACAGGAGGACUGCUGGAGCCGUCUUGAUAAGAGGGAACUGGGUUCCUUGCGGAAAGAGUUUCCUCAGAACAUUGGGGGCAGCGACGUGUGUUUCUUCUGCCGGAAGCGUGUGUAUGUGAUGGAGCGACUGAGUGCGGAGGGCAAGUUCUUUCACCGCAGCUGUUUUAAGUGCGACUAUUGCGGCACCACUCUGAGACUGUCGUCCUACGCCUUUGAUGUGGAGGAUGGGAAGUUUUACUGUAAGCCGCAUUACUGUUACCGGUUGUCUGGGCAGGCUCAGAGGAAGAGACCCGCUCCUCCUGCUGCUCCUCUCCAGCCAAAGGUAUCCCAGGCACCAGUGAUACCUGCAACCAGCGUGGAUGCCCCUGGGGCUCCAUGUCCGGUGGAGCGUGGGCCCUCAGCUCCCGAGGUGAAUGGAGUGGCUGAGCCCAGUGUGGCAAAACGUCUUAAAGGAACUCCUGAGCGCAUUGAGCUGGAGAACUACCGACUAUCCAUGCAGAGAGAGGAGGAGCUAGAGGAGGUACCUGAGGAGACGCUGGCCGAGCACAACCUCAGCAGCGUGUUGGAUAAAGGCACGGACGUAGACGAGGGCUCCAGUAGUUCUGAGUCUGACAUGGAGGAAGAGGGUGAGGAGCUGGAGCCACCGGUGUCCUCUGACCUUGGUGGAGUGCCAUGGAAGGAGGCUGUAGAGCUCCAUGCAAAACUGAAGGCUCCCAGCGAUGCUGGGCUGGGGAAGGAUGGAGAAAUGGAGGAAGAGGAUGAAGAAGACGAGGGAGAUGAGGAAGAGGAUGAGGAGGAGGAGGAAGAAGAGGAGGAGGAAGAAGAGGAAGAAUCAAGCGAUGAGGGGGAGUAUUGCCCUUGGGAAAGGGAGCUCCAGUCAGCUCUAUGGCUGGAGAACCUGAAAGAUGAAGAGGAUACGGGUACAUUUAAAGCCAGAAGCCUGCGAAUUCAUCAAACCCUGCAACCGGUGGACCUCGUGCUCCCCAGGACAGAGGGAGAAAAGGAGGAGUGCUCAGAUUCGGGCUCUCUUCCUUCACUCCUCACUCAGAACACCCAUCCUGUAUCCUGCACAGUCCCCACCCACAAAUCAGUGCGGCACGAGGCUGUCAGAGCCUGGCUGGACUCCAUGUCUGGAGAGCCCUGUGUAGAUGAUGAGGAAGAGCCUGUGGCUGAAGCAGGAAGCCCAGAUAUUGAGCCUGGCACUGAGCUGGAUGAAGAAGACAUCCCUUCAGAUGCAGAAGCUGAAGCUCGCUCGCAGCAUGUUGAAGAUCCUGAGCCUCUUCCAGUAGACACUGGGAAGCCGGAGAACCUACAGCAAGUUUCCAGAAUCGAGCAUAAAGAACGGGUGUCUGUUAGUCCAAAGGAAAUCAUUGUAGAUGUUAUUCUCACUCCGAUCCCAAAGCCAAGUACACCUGCUGAAGAGGUCAAAGAAACAUUGACUCCGGUGCUGAUUAAAUCUCCAGGCACACGCUUUUUUUCUGAGCCCUUUUUGCCUGAUGAUGCCAAAAGAGAGGUCCCACCAUCACCUCAGGUUAAGACACCAAGUAAUCCUGUUGCGGUGGUAUCUCCUAUCCGCUUCCAGCCAGCUCACCUACCAGAUACAGUCAUCCCCAAAUCUCCUGUCCCGGUCGAGUCUUGUGCCUGCUCACCUUCAGCCAACCCCUUAUCCCCAAUCUGUGCUCAGCCCCUAAUAUGCCAGGAGCCCUCCUCACCCCUCUCUUCAGGUUCUCCUGUGAGGACUCAACCAGUUCCUGCUGUAACUUCCACUCCUCUGGCAAAACCUGCCUCAGAGAGGAUAACCACAGAAUCUUUGAAUGCAAAGGAUGUGACAGUAGAAACACCAGUCAAGAAGACUGAUAUCAUUGAAGAGUUCUGGCAGAAGAGUGCUGAGAUUAGGAGGAGUUUAGGGCUCACCCCACUGGAUAGGAGCAAAUCUGUAGAGAAGAGCAUUAUUAAAACCCCUACCACAGAACCUGUGUUAUCUAAACCCCAGAUCUCAGAAGCGAUAUCGGAGAAGCCAGCAUUCACAGGCCGCACGGUCAUCCACAGACUCAAUAUUACUGUUGAGGGUCAGGUAAUCUCUCCUGUAGAACCCAAGAGUAGUAGCUCAGAGAGGAGGGAUCUGAGCAGUAGCUCGGGUCUGGGUUUGAACGAUAGCUAUACGACUACUCAAACGCCUACCUGUGACAGCAUUAACAACUCUGACUCCACCAUGCUCACGCCUCCUUCCAGUCCUCCACCACCUCCACCAAAUGAGGAGCCAGCAACUCUUACGAAGAAGAAGCCUCAAGUGUCUUGGGAGAAACUAUCUACACCCAGUGAGGAACCUGAAGUGAAAAAGGCACCCGCCAAAGCUAAAACGCCAACCAGUCCAGAUCAGGACAAAUUUGUGAAUGUUCCAGUAGCUGCUCCCAGAACUAACCCCCCAGUGGUGAUGAGGAUAAAAGAGCCCAAUAAACCACGCCGAGAAGAAGCGAGGAAAUCCUUUGCGGAGUGCGUAGACGAGAUUCCAUUUGCUGAUGAUGUGGAGGACACAUAUGAUGAUCGUACCCCUGACACAAGCAUGCAGGAUAAAUUUUACACCCCACCCACCAGCAGAGUGAACAAGCCUCCCCUCCACCUCGCUUUGGCUAUGGAGAAUGGGAAACCCAACAUCCAUGGAGGUCUCGUGUCCAGAUCGGUGAAAGGUCCCCAGCACUUUUCUCCUGAAGCCAAGGAGAUUGCUGAAGAGCGGAUGAGGGAGAGGGAGAAAUCGGUGAAAAGUCAAGCUCUUAAAGAUGCCAUGUCCAAGCAGAUUAAUAAAAUGAAAGAGGCUGAGUCAAGUAAGGGCGCUGUGGCCAAAGUAGCCUGGAACGUUUCGGAUGUAGCUGUUAAAAACAAGAAGCGCUCAAGUUCUCCAAAGUCUUCAGCUAUGAAGGCCUUGGAGAGCAAAAAGCAAGCAGAGGUGCUUCCUGACCGAUUCUUUACCUCACCUUUAAGUAAGAGCGUGGACAGUUCUGUCACCUCAUCUGAGAGUUCGACAGGAGGAAAGAGUAAAAAACGUAGCUCCCUUUUCUCUCCACGUAAGAACAAGAAAGAGAAGAAGUCAAAAAAUGAAAGCAAGCACUCUGGUACUGAAGAGACCCCACCUAAACACAAGUCCUUGUGGAAAGCUGUAUUUUCUGGCUACAAGAAAGACAAGAAGAAGAAAGAUGACAAGUCUUGUCCGAGCACACCCUCUAGCUCCACAACAGUAGACUCAGGAAAGAAGAAAGGAUCGCCUGUGGCAAGGUCCUCAGAUUUACAUUUGAGAAGAAACCUCAGCUUUUCAGAGGACUCGGAUCUGUCCUGUGAUGAUGUUCUGGAAAGAUCUUCUCAGAAGUCCAAGGCGGAUUCUGUUUAUGUUCCUCAUGCAUUGGCGUUCAAGAGAUCAUAUGCCACGAAGAAGACGUACACCGAGGAAGAACUAAAUGCCAAGCUCACACGCAAGGUCCAGAAGGCAGCUCGGCUUCAGGCCAAGCAGGAGGAGCUGAAGAGGCUUCACAGGGCUCAGAUCAUUCAGCGACAGUUAGAGCAGGUGGAGGAGAAACAGAGACAGCUGGAGGAGAGGGGAGUGGCGGUGGAGAAGGCGUUGCGAGGGGAAGCAGACUAUUGGGGAGAGUCUAAUUACAGUGAGAUCCUGGACUUGCAUCUGGGCGUUGAGCCCUAUGUCGGGACCCCUCGCUGGAGACCCCUGUCCUUCUGCCCAUGCUGUUCCCCAGAAGAUAAAGAUUUUCAACAAGAUCAGGCAUCCAACAGCAUCUCUGGAAUGGGCAAAAAGGACGACCCGAAGCUGAUGCAGGAAUGGUUUAAACUUGUGCAGGAGAAGAAUGCCUUGGUGCGCUAUGAGUCGGAGCUGAUGAUAUUUGCUCGUGAGUUGGAGUUGGAGGACAGGCAGAGUCGACUGCAGCAAGAGCUCCGAGAGCGCAUGGCAAUCGAAGACCACUUGAAGACUGAGGCAGAGCUGGCCGAGGAGAAGCGGAUCCUGAAUGAGAUGUUGGAGGUGGUGGAGCAGAGGGACUCUCUGGUGGCUCUCCUGGAGGAGCAGAGACUCAGGGAGAAGGAAGAAGAUAAAGACCUGGAGGCUGUAAUGCUCUCCAAGGGCUUCAACCUUAACUGGGUUUAGUAGUAGCAGCAAAUCCACUCAACAUAAUCUUCCCAACACCACUAUGAGGAAUGUAAGGACUUGGUUGAGUUUGCCUGCCCCUCGAUGACGUUUACACAUCUUUCUGAUGUUUACGAUUCAUCCUGGCUCGGCUCAGGGUCGGUCUCUUCACCUGUCUAUCUUUAUGCUUCAGUGGAAAUCCAGUCAAGACUUUUUUGUCUGUAAAAGACAUUUUUUCAUUUUUUUUUCAUUUUUUUUUCAUUUUUUUUUUUUGGUUUCGGAAAGGGAAUAAACAGGGACGUCUAAAAGACAUUUCAAAAGGAACGCAGCUUUUGACGAAUGUACUGUUCAGCACCUGUUACAGAGGAGAGCGGUCCUUGGACUCUAUAUCCAUACAUUUCUACUUUGACUACCGACUGAAAGUAGGAACACACUAUAGUUCAGAUGCCUUUCCUACCCACAAUGCAAUUUGGAGACAUGAUCAGUGGCAUUUUUAUUUUUUGCCACAAUCUGUUUCAAUCAUUUAAUCUGGCCAGAACUCUUUAGUAACAUAUUUAUUCAGCUUGUUUUUGUUUUAUAGAAAAAGUAUGCAGUGAAUUUUCGUUGCAUGCUAAAAAGAAUCUCCAUGUGUCCUUGUAUUUUAAAAAAAAAAAAUUUAGUUAUGAUCAGGAAAUGUUUUGUUUUAUUCUCCCGUUAGCCACCUCAUAUCAGGACUAAAGGAUGUCUAAGAACAAGCAUAUCCUGUAUUGUAUAUAGGACUUGGCCUUUAGCUCAUAUUAAGUGGUGACGCACUCUUAGUGGAGCUUCUCUUCUACAGUGUCUAGUGCUGUCUCCUUGCUCUUAAGUGAUCUUAAUAUUAUUCCUGUGUAAGUUUACAAUCAGCUCUCUGAAAUGAAUUUCCAAUGGUCACACUACAGUUUACAGAAACGGAGGAAUAUUGUGCAAAUAUUUUCAAUCGUGGAAAUGUACAUGGGGAAUUGCAAUAUAAAAUAUUUUGAAAGAUAUCUCAGUCUAGACAGUGCAAGAGAAAAUAAUAUACAAUCAGAUCAUUGAUAUGUGGUACAAAUAUCAUCUUUGUAUAUUUCUAGAAUAGCUGACCUUUAUUUGAUAUCGGAUAUCAGUACGCCACAAAGACUCCGUUACAUUAUUUGUCUCCUGGAUUGCCAAUUCUGAGCAAAUCUGCUUCUUGUCUUCAUACUGGGAUCAAGAUGAGAAACUGCAUGCACUGGCUGUGUAGCAACAUGCCUUUAUCACAUAAUAUCACAUGACAUUCACAUUCACAAUGUUUACUCACCUUUACCAAGGGUUUAUUUUUUUUAUGUAUUUGUUUUUAUAAAAAAUAAAUUUGUACUACAUGCGAGCAUUCACACAUCACUAAUACAAUAUUGUGUAACAGCAAGAAAUCCUCAUAUAUUUGGCAAAACCAUUUGUAUUGCAUUUGGCCAAGCUGUAUAUCUAUUGGUCCCAUACCACAGUAUAUAGGUCGAUUGUACCUAUAUUUCAGCUUGGUCACCAUUACACUGUAUAGAUGGACAGACUUUUGUAUGUAUGUACAAGAUAACUGUAAGCAAAAAAAAAAAAAAGUUACAUGAGUGCAAGGCCUAGUUAUUUAGACUGUGUAAAUUGUUUUACAGAGUUUAUUGGUAUUUAUUAACAUGUGUGAAAAUGUAUUAUAUGUAAAGAAAAUGGAACCUAAUUUUUAAAAUUGUUCGUUGUCAAUUCUUGACAUGUGUAAAUGCUUUCUGGUAGCUAAUCUGCAUAUAAGACGUUGGAUGUCUGUUGGAAGGUAAUAAAUAAUUUUAAAAAACAA